AUGAAGAACAGACCAACUAACAAGGGAAAAUAUUUCUUCCUGUCCUAGGACAUCACUGCCAACUUCAGGGAAGUGGGAACACAGCUGCCCGCUUUACAGUAUGGGUUACUUUUGUGCCUGGAAUGUGUCUGAUGUCCUGAGACCUGUACCCAUUUCAGGGAGCCUUGGGAGGAGCCUGAAUCACGGACGGAAUUGGACAGUGCAUGGAGAUGGUUGAGCAGGAUGAAGUCCCUGGCUCUCCCUGUGGUGCCCCAAAUGUCAGUAUGGUGGGAUCCUGCAGGACGUGUUCCAGGAAGACGACAGAGAUGAACUUUCCAAAUACCAUCGAGAAUUCCUACUACCAGCAGGAAGAGACCAAACUGAAUAUCAGAGCCAGCAAAAAUAGACUUCUUAUGAGCCAGGUGGCCUACUUCCUGAACUACCAGCUGAAGACAUACAACGAUCGAAAAGAUCAUGAUGAAGAACAGAAAUGCAGAGACAACAAAAAUAAACUUCUUAUGAGUCAAGUGGCCUACUACCUGGGCUGCCGGCUGAAGACGGAAGUCCCUGGCUUUCUGUGUUCUGCCCCAAACAUCAGCAAGGUGGCAUCUGACAGGCCUCUUUCCAGAAAAAACACAGAGUUGAACAUUCCAGAAGGCAUUGAGAAAUCCUGCUUCGAACAGGAAGAUAACAAACUGAAUAUUGGAGUCAGUAAAAAUAGACUUCUUAUGACUCCGGUGGACUACUCCCUGAACUAUCGGCUGAAGACAUACAAAGAUCUGAAACGUCAUGAGGAGGAACAGAAAUACAAAGACAGCAAAAAUAAACUUCUUAAAAAUCAAGUGGCCCACUACCCCGGCUGCAGGCUGAAGACAGAAAAGAUUGAAAAGGACCAAGAAGAGGAAGAAGACCGAGGCUCACUGUGCCCCAGGUAA